CCAACCGAAGCCACUCGAUCUGACGAGGUCUGUCGCCGAAGAAGGGACGGUAGCUCAUCGGCAUUGAAGGAAAAUGUACUAAUCACAUUAUCGCCCAAGUCAGCACUUCGCCAUCAUCUGCCUCCAAUCCAAGUGUCAGGGUGUGCAGGAAUGCUCGUGCACACGUGCACUCAACCGCUUGACGAGAUAUCGAUGCCGGCGAUACGCGAAAUUUCUGAUAACGACAAUAAAUCAAGAGCUUUUUACUUCAACCUAUGGCACAAACGAAUGAACCACAAUAUCGAGAUAAAGUUCCACAAAUGUGAGUUUAAACCUUUGACUGAACUUUCUGUUGCCGCUUAUGCCACAGAAUCGUACAUAAAACGUCAGGAGGUGCAGAGCGAGCGCGAUUCAGAGUCACCGUCUGCACGUCUGUCUGGAGGCGGACAGACACAAACAUGGGUUGCCAUGGGGUCGAUAAAGUGUCUCACUUUUUUUUAG